UUUGGAGUGAAACUAGAAAGCGCCUCCACUCAAAUACCCGUCUUCGUCGCCGCUUUCAACACAGAAUCGAUUCACGAACCUCCUUCCUUUAGUUCCCGAACUCCAAUACUUUACGCUACGAAUGGAAAAUUCAGCAACGGCUCCGGCGAAGGACCAAAUAGUCGACGUAAGGUCGGUGGUGGAGGCCGUGGCCGCCGCCGGAGACGACGCCGAUAUCGAUACCCCGCUCUACGAGGUCGAGAGUCUAUGUAUGCGCUGCGGCGAGAAUGGCGUGACUAGGUUCUUGUUAACUUUAAUUCCCCACUUUCGAAAGAUAUUAUUGUCAGCAUUUGAGUGCCCGCAUUGUGGUGAGAGAAAUAAUGAAGUGCAAUUUGCUGGGGAGAUUCAGCCUCGUGGUUGUUGCUAUAGCUUGGGCAUUCAAGCAGGUGAUCGAAAGAUGCUUGACCGAACAGUGGUGAAGUCUGAAAGUGCUACAAUUAAGAUUCCUGAACUGGAUUUUGAGAUCCCUCCAGAGGCUCAAAGCGGAUCUUUGUCCACGGUGGAAGGGAUAUUAGUUAGAGCUGCAGAUGGGCUUGAAGCCCUUCAAGAUGAAAGAAAGAAAGUUGAUCCCAAGACAGCUGAAGCCAUAGACCAGUUCUUGGUAAAAUUAAGAGCUUGUGCUACUAGCGAUUCAUCCUUCACCUUCAUUCUUGAUGAUCCAGCUGGUAACAGCUUCAUUGAGAAUCCGUGUGCUCCCUCUCCUGACCCCUUGUUGACUAUUAAGUUCUAUGAGAGAACUCCUGAACAGCAGAAAGCUUUAGGGUAUGUUGUUGAUCCCUCACAUGAAGUUUCUGGUGGUGGGGUAUCGGAAGAGGGGACAAACAAUAUUCCUGAGCAAUUGCAAAAUGAGCCACAUGGAGCAGUUGGAGCAAAAGCUGGACGCCGUGCUAUUGCUCAGGGUAACAGUACUGAAAUUGCAGAAGCUUUAUUUAGAUAUACUGCACCUGAAGAGGUGAUGGUGUUUCCAUCAACUUGUGGAGCUUGUGCUGCAAGGUGUGAAUGCCGAAUGUUUAUUACUAAUAUUCCCUAUUUUCGAGAAGUAAUUGUAAUGGCAUCUGCUUGUGAUGCUUGUGGUUAUCGCAAUUCUGAGUUGAAACCUGGUGGUAGCAUCUCAGAUAAAGGAAAGAAGAUCACGGUUUUGGUAGAGAAUGUCAAAGAUUUAAGCAGAGAUGUGAUAAAGUCGGAUAGUGCUGGGGUGAGCAUACCCGAGCUUGACUUGGAGCUUGCUAGUGGAACUCUGGGUGGUGUUGUAACAACUGUUGAAGGUUUAGUCACAAAAAUAAGUGAAAGUCUCGAAAGGGUGCAUGGAUUCACAUUUGGAGAUAGUCUUGAAGAGGACAAGAAAGCUAAGUGGCUGGAUUUCAGAGCAAGACUUAGCAAGCUUUUAAGCUUGGAAUCACCUUGGACUCUGAUUAUCGACGAUGCACUGUCAAAUUCUUUUGUGGCUCCUGUUACUGAUGAUAUGAAAGAUGACAAGCAGUUAACAUUUGAGGAAUACGAGAGAUCAUGGGAGCAGAAUGAGGAGCUGGGACUCAACGACAUGGACACCUCUGUGGCCGAUGCUGCUUAUAGUUCUGCGGACACUGCAGCUACUGAGAAGAACUGAUGGCUGGCAAGCUUAACAUGCCCCAUCAUAUGACUGUUGUUGUAAUUCCUUAUUUGUUACUCGUUAAUGUGAUAUUCCAUCUUUAGAAAUUAUUUAGGAAAAUAUAUAAUAUAUAUUGUUGUUGAGAGGAAACAUAUCAGGACAUUUAGGCAUGUAGCAUUUGAUCAAACCAUUGAGUUUCGGAGUUGUGAAGCUUUUUGUCGCAAGGCAUGUCAACAGAAUAGAGGAACAGAUUUUGAUAUUUCUUAAUUAGUUUUUUUUAGUUGACC